AUGAAUAUAUGUUUUACAGAAUUUGUACCACGUGAUUGUAACGACUUUCCAGAAGGAAGUUUAUCAGGGGUUUACACAAUUUAUCCAAAAGAUACGAAAUUCGAUGUUUACUGCGACAUGGAAACAGCAGGAUUUGGAUGGUCGGUUUUCCAAAGGAGAAUAAACGGCACUGUCGAUUUUUUCAGAGGAUGGUCCGAUUACGAGGAUGGAUUCGGAAAUUUGAAAUCAGAAUUUUGGCUAGGAAAUAAGUUUAUCCACCUCCUUACAUCUACUGCAAGAUACAAGCUUCACGUUCACCUUGAAGAUUUUGAUGGAAAUUCGCGAUAUGCAGAGUACAGCAAAUUUAGUAUCGGAGAUGCUGCCAGCAAUUACAUUUUGAAUAUUGAAGGUUAUAGUGGAGAUGCAGGAGAUAGCCUGAUGGACCCUAGCAACCAAAACCAUAGCGGCAUGAUGUUUACCACCACAGACAGAGAUAACGACAGAUAUAUAGACAACUGUGCAUCUAUGUAUAAGGGAGCGUGGUGGUACAACGCAUGUCAUAGGGCUAAUUUGAAUGGAGAAUAUUUAAGAGGACAGCACUCCACUACAGCCAAUGGGAUCGUAUGGUGGACAUGGAAAGGAUAUAGAUAUUCGCUGAAGUCAACUAAACUUAUGAUUAAACGAAAUUAA